AUGGAGGACAAUAGGGAAGUUGAAGUUAACAAUGAGAGUGGUAGAAAUGUUAGUGGGGAGCAAAUGAAUGAUAAUGAGGCAAUUUGCACACCAAUCAAUGAUGAUCUUAACAGUGACCACAAAAAUAUAAGGUUAUGUUCACCUUUUUGUGGGUUCGAAUCAAGUGCAUCUGUUUUGUGCGCAUUAGUUCAACUAAUGGAGGGACAGAAAAAGACGACUGAUGAACAUAAAAUUUCUCUCGAUCAAAAACUUGACUCUACCAAAAAAAUAUUAGAUGGACAUAGAAACCAAAUUAGUGAAACAAAAGAUAGCUUAGAAAAAUGUUGGGUACAACUAGACUCUUACUAUGAAAUCUUUCAGCAACAAAAUCAAUUUUGGAAUAAUAUUAAUAUAAAAACUUUUUCAGCAGAAGGAAAUAUACAUCGUGUCGAUGAAGACAAUUUUGAAAACAAACUAGACUUAGCCUGGGAUAGAAAUGAAAGGCAAGAUGACAGUAAAAAUAGAAGCAACAGAACUUUCAAUGAUCAUUUCGAACAUAGAGAUAGGAGGGGAGAUUUUAGAAAGGAGGGAGAAUACUUAGGGAAUAAUAGCUUCAGAAAUGAUGACAGAAGAGAUGGGGAAAGAAAUAAUAGGCAGAGACCAGAGAAUAGGAAUUUUGAACCAAGAAGUACGCCGUGGGGUCAAGGUCAAGGAAAUAAUAGUAACAAUUAUAACAGAAGGAAUGAUCCAGGAAACUAA